AUGUCCCGCCGACCCCCCAGAGGAGAAUACAUCGAGACCGACACGGGCAACAAGGUCGCUCGCAAGGCCACUUUGGUCGGCACCCAAAACAUCAUGCUGGGCGGCAAGACAGUAAUCCAGCCCGACGUCAUGAUCCGUGGCGACCUCGCCAGGACGAUCCCACCAGCCCAGUCUGCGGGGUCCAGUGGUCCAGCGAAUAACACCGCCGUCGCUAUCGGUCGAUAUUGUUUCUUGAGCAAAGGAUGUGUGCUAAGGCCGCCGGGGAGGAUGUACAAGGGAGUCUUCACAUUCAUGCCCCUCCGUCUCGGCGACCACGUAUUUGUCGGCCCCGGCACCGUCGUCCAAGCUGCUCAGAUCGGCAACCACGUCCAUAUUGGCGGUAAGGUCGUCAUUGGCGAGUUUGCGAUUAUCAAGGACUACGUCAAGGUGCUCGACGGCUCGGUUGUUCCCCCGAAUAUGGUUAUUCCUAGCUUCAGCAUUGUUGCUGGUCAGCCGGCAAGGAUCAUUGGCGAGAUUCCCGAGGGCGGCAUCGAGGCGUUCGAGCUGAGAGAUCUUUACAAGACGGUGGGAAAUAAUGUGCAGCCCACAGCGUCUUGA